CCUUCCCCCGCUGCCAGCCCGAGUCCAAGCCGGAGCCGAGCCCGGGCGGCUCAUUGCGGAGCGCAGCUGCAGCCGCGAUGGCGACGACCGUGACCUGCACCCGCUUCACCGACGAGUAUCAGCUGUACGAGGAAAUUGGCAAGGGGGCUUUCUCAGUUGUGCGACGCUGUGUCAAACUCUGCACUGGACAUGAAUACGCAGCAAAGAUUAUCAACACCAAGAAACUCUCCGCAAGAGAUCAUCAGAAGUUGGAGCGAGAAGCUCGAAUUUGCCGUCUCUUGAAGCAUUCCAACAUUGUUCGCCUCCAUGAUAGCAUAUCUGAAGAAGGCUUCCACUACCUCGUCUUUGAUCUGGUCACGGGUGGAGAGCUCUUUGAAGAUAUCGUCGCCAGGGAAUACUACAGUGAAGCCGAUGCCAGUCAUUGCAUCCAGCAGAUCCUGGAGGCUGUUCUCCAUUGCCACCAAAUGGGGGUCGUCCACAGAGACCUCAAGCCGGAGAACCUGCUUUUGGCCAGCAAAUGCAAAGGAGCGGCAGUGAAAUUGGCAGAUUUUGGCUUGGCAAUUGAAGUGCAAGGAGACCAGCAGGCCUGGUUCGGCUUUGCAGGCACUCCUGGCUACCUCUCUCCAGAAGUCCUACGCAAAGAAGCCUAUGGCAAACCUGUGGAUAUCUGGGCAUGUGGUGUUAUUCUUUACAUCUUACUGGUUGGGUAUCCUCCAUUCUGGGAUGAAGAUCAACACAAGCUGUACCAACAGAUCAAGGCUGGAGCCUAUGAUUUUCCUUCUCCUGAGUGGGACACAGUCACCCCUGAAGCAAAAAACCUCAUAAACCAGAUGUUAACUAUCAACCCUGCAAAGAGAAUCACAGCUCAUGAAGCUUUAAAACAUCCAUGGGUCUGUCAACGUUCAACAGUGGCCUCCAUGAUGCACAGACAGGAGACUGUAGAGUGUCUGAAAAAAUUCAAUGCCAGAAGGAAGCUCAAGGUGCGAAAUUCUGCCACUAUCGUGGCAAGAAGAAACUUUUCGGUGGGCAGACAGACCACCGCUCCCGCCACAAUGUCUGCAGCAGCCUCCGGUGCCACCAUGGGGUUGGUGGAGCAAGCAGCUAAGAGUUUACUGAACAAGAAAACUGACGGAGUGAAGGCUCAAACGAACAGCACCAAAGGCAGUGCCGGGGUCACCAGCCCGAAAGGGACUCUUCCUCCAGCCGCACUGGAACCUCAAACCACCGUUAUCCAUAACCCAGUGGACGGCAUUAAGGAAUCCUCUGACAGCACAAACACCACCAUAGAGGAUGAGGACACGAAAGUGAAGACCGCUGAUAAUGAGCUUGUAAAAAGCCAGUUGAAUCCAGGAAAUGCCCCUGAUAUUCCUCCCAGUCUGCAAACUUCACCGAUGCCAUCUGCUGCUGCUGCUUCCACCAAACUGUCUGAUAUCUUAGGCAUGGUGAAAAAAGGACCUGAGCUUCCAGAUGCUGUAGAGUCAAAGCCUUCGUCCACUCCAGCCUGUGUCUCUCCAGCUGUUGCAAACCCUCUGCCUUCCCAAUCUGCCAAGCUGUCUGAUGUACUAGGCAUGGUGAAAAGGGGUUCUGGACCCCCGGAAACGGAAGAACCAAAACCUUGCAGCAGCUUUCCAUUCUCACCUCCUGCUGUUGCAAAUACUCUUCUUCUCCAGUCGGCCAAGCUAUCCGAUGUAUUAGGCAUGGUGAAAAAAGGCUCUGGGCUCCCAGAUGCAGAACUCCCAAAGCCUUCUGUCCCCCUGCCCUGCCCGUGCCCGAGUGGGGCAAAUCCUAUUUCUUUCCAGUCUGCCAAAUUGUCGGAUGUACUAGGUAUGGUGAAGAAGGGUUCUGGACCUCCGGAAGGAGAAGAGUCAAAACCUUCCAUCACUUUGCCCUUCCCACCUGCAGCUGUUGCAAGCCCUCUUCCUCCCCAGCCUGCCAAGUUGUCUGAUGUCCUAGGCAUGGUGAGGCGGGGCUCUGGAGCCCCAGAAGCUGAUGGGUCACAACCUGCUGUCAACCAGCUAUUCCCUCUUCCACUCAUCGCAAACCCUCUCCCUUCUGAUCCCCGCAAGCAGGAAAUCAUCAAGAUAACUGAGCAGCUGAUCGAGGCUGUGAACAAUGGAGAUUUUGAGGCCUAUGCAAAAAUCUGUGAUCCAGGCCUAACUUCAUUUGAGCCAGAAGCCUUGGGCAACCUUGUGGAAGGAAUGGACUUCCACAGAUUUUACUUUGAAAAUUUGUUAUCGAAGAACAACAAGCCCAUUCACACAACCAUCCUGAACCCUCACGUUCAUGUCAUCGGUGAAGAUGCUGCAUGCAUUGCCUACAUCCGCCUGACACAGUACAUUGAUGGGCAGGGCCGCCCUCGCACCUGCCAGUCUGAGGAGACCCGGGUCUGGCACCGCCGCGAUGGCAAGUGGCAGAAUGUCCACUUCCACUGCUCGGGAGCACCGGUGGCACCACUCCAGUGAAGAACUUAUGCUGGCUGUUCUGGAUUCAUCUCGAAGGAGACGGUGAUUUGAGCUGAGCCGCUAGCCGGGAGCAGCGGUGACAAGCACGUGCCCGCAUGCUCGUGUCCCCUUCCCCAUCCUCCCGUCUUUCAUUUUCAGUGCCUGUGUUUGCAAAAAAUAAAAAAGAAGAAAGAAAAAAGCCACCCACCCGAAAAAAAACAAAAAAGAGAAAAAAAACCCUAAGAACAAAAACCCCAGACAUGAUUCUAAAAUGAUGAUGAUGAUGAUGACAUUUUAAAAAUCAGCAAACCCAGCCAAACCAACCCAGCUGUCCAACUCGCAGCGUGGCCACACUGCACCUCCUGUCCCCGACUCCAUUUCUUUGUGUCCGUCCGGCUGUUCAGGUGACCAGGUGUUGCAAUGAAAAAUGUUUCAAUUACAAACAAACAAACAAACAAACAAAAAAAGGCUCCACCUCCCUGUGUCGAAACCCAGUGUUGAACGGUGUUAGUUUGUUAGGUGAAAAAAAAUUCUUUAAAAAAAACCCACAAAAAUCUUUUAUAGUAUUUGCAUUCUCUGCCAAAGCAUGGGCCUUCUCCAGUGGUCGUGUUCGCGCUUGGAAGUCUGUGACCUGUGUUACUGUUUGUUUUUGCGGAGGAUGCUAUUCCCGAGCUCUCGGGCUGCCCGUUUCUUUUCUCCUCUAGCUGUGGUUGUGGAUUAUUAUUGAUGAUUAUUAUAAUUAUUCAGACUUUUUAAUUUAUUUUGUUCUUCUUUUGGAUAUGAAGUGACCCCUUCUGGGGCUUUGGGUUUCUGGGCCCCUCCCACAUUAACCCACUGCUGGGGAUUGCCUGGAGGCUGUUGGUCAUGGCCAGAGGGACGGGUUCUUACAGGAAAGGGUAAUUACAGCCUUAGAGAUGCAAAUAAGUCUCAUUGCAGGAUUUUGAAUGUCUGAAUUCUCAUUGGCGCUCAUAUUCCCAAGCUUCCCUGACCUCUCAUCAAGGGCUACCAACAGUGGCGUCAUUGUGCCUGCGCCCAUGCUGAGGAUUUCUUACAGGGGUGCGUCCCCUGCUUAAGGAGGCUGGCUGGGACAGUAGCGACCGUUGAGUUAGAAGAGCUGGGGAGGAGACGGCUGGAAUUCUGAAAGUCUCAUCUUCCUCCAGUUCUUGGAAACUGGCUCCCCAGGAAGAGGGAGCAGCAGAUACCCAAUUGUAAGGUAUUGUUCUGCUCCAUAAAAGCCUGGUCCAAUUUUCUAGUUUUCCCCUUUGAGCAGAAAGUGUAAUAAUUUAAAAGAGGGGGGAAAUUGUCAGUUUUGCCUCAAGGAUUUGCUCCCACAUCUCAUCAGCCUAGAAAGAGGAAGGCUGAUCCACUGAGCUUGUGCAUUCUGUCUCCCUUCUUCCUCUCUUUCUGUCUGAAGCCUAUAAACUCACUUGCUAAGAGAAGGGGUUAAUCUGCAAGGAAACAACAGGGAAAAUCCCUGAGGGGGUUGGGGGAGAGGAGAAAUUGCCACUUCAGGUAGCUCUGGCUGCUCGGACUUUGCUGACAUCCUCAUGGAAAUCCGUGCUACUGAAGGGGGAAUGUUUUGUCAAAUGGACCAAGCCUUAGCAGAGAGAGCUGGAAUGGAUUUUGUUGAACCACACUUAGAGCCAAUGUGAACAGAUACAACCACGACAAAUGUUGUCUCAGCUCCAUUUGCUCCCAAAGGAAGACACACUAUGAGCCACUGUCCUUUGCUUCCUGUGCCUGCAUUAUGAGCAGCCAAUAUUUGCUGAAAGCGCUGUGUAGAAAGUAUAUGGGCAGUUUGGUAAUUAAAGAGGGACCCGUUCCUCUUUGGCCUCCCUUUCACCUUCCCCCGCCUCUUCAUAUCCAUUCACAAAGGUGCCCCCUCUGCUCAGCAUUUCACUGCCCAAAUAUUGCUGUAGGUUGGUGAGCGGAGGAGUGGAUUUACUUGGUCACUUCAGUCUUGUCCGUGGCCACAAGGAAGACAAGCUGAGGUGUCUGCAAUGCCUUGUAAUGAGGCUGGAGAAACACCUGCUACUUUCUCCUACCCCUGCUCAGUGUCUGUAAACGCUGUUCUUUGAUGGAUGUGGAGUCAUUCAUCAAGUCACUGUUCACAGUACUGAGUGGACGCUGUAGGAAAUAGUGGAGCUAAACAACUUGGGCGGUAGUUAAGGGAUUGCCUAAGAAUCCCGCCAAGUGGGGAGGUCGCAGAGAAAGUUGUAAACAUCAAAAGUAACAGAGGGAAGUCUUUUUGAGAAUUCAGUAAGGGGGACGAGAUCGUCAGAAAGCCACACUCUCGCCCUUUUCCUCAGAGCAAGAGUUUGAAGGUUCCUGGCCUAUUCAUGACACUGGAAUGUCAUGGCUUCUCGGCACUGUUUUCUGGCAUGUUCCUUCUCAUAAUUAGGCAUGUUGCCUGUGUCUUCUAGAUAUGUGUUGCUCCAAGGCUUUCUCAGUGCAGUUCUGGCUGAAUGUUGGAAUAGUCAGGUGGGCAGCCCUAAUACAUUUGCCUGGAGAGCACAAAGCUGAGAACAGGGAUGCUUUUUUAGCUUGCGUCGUGACGUGAUCGUUUGAAGGGGGGGCUUCUCUGUAGCCUCGGUUCUCUUCUGGUGCCAUUUUGCACCUGUGGCCUUGCUUUGUGUCUACGUAUCAUUGUGCAAAGAGGUAGCGACCACGUUCCUCAAACGUCAGAGGGAACUGGUUCACCAGCGCACACCCAGGCAAUGCUUACAAGGCAGGGACAACUGUUACUUCAGCAGCGUUUGUGUUAGUGAACCUUUACCUUGUCCUCAGUUUACCAUCAAUACUUUGCAGAAUGUGUGUGAGUUUAGGACAGAAAAAUAGAUCGAGCGGAUCAGCAGCUCUCCUGGAAGAACUGUCAGAAGUUCUCCCCCUGAAAAUUAAAAAGGAAUUUGGAACCAAAGAAGAGCUCUGGAAGUAGGCUUAUGAUCAUAGGUGAAGAGUAACACCUUUGGAUUUAUGUUUCGCUGUCUGCUGUCAACAAUAAGGCUUAUAUUUGAAAUCUUGAAGCAGUGGGAAGGCUGUAAUUGCUUGAGGUCUUUAGGACUUGGGAACCGACUGGCAGGUGGCUUCAGCUCAUAAUCAUUUGGCAGACAUUCCUGCUUUUUAGUGGGAGGAGAUAGCACUGGGUGAAAUGUGAUUGCCAAGGCUUGGGCUGUUAUGUUUGGAUUGCACGAGGCCAGAACAUUCAGUUUUCACUGAUGCUUAAAAAAAGAUGACUGCUUCCUCUGACUCCCAGUUAGGAACUGCACAGCAUCAACUAUUGUGCAGUUUUGUAUCAAGAUGGCUAGGUGGUGCAAAAGCAACGUUAUUGUAGAUUU